UUCGGCUAUUAAUUUAAUUUUUCCAAUCCUCAAAAUAAUUGUUUGAUUUGGAAAGCAAACAAAUUUAAAAAAAGAAAUUGUGAUGAACUGAUUCAUCUUUGGAUUUUGAUCUGUUGCUAUGCUUUUGUUUUUUUCGCCUGGUUGAUUUUGGAGUAUUUUGGGCUGUUCUGAUUUUGACUCAUUGUUACAUGGUUGAAUUUUCUCAAUUUUGAUUGUUUAAGCAAUCAACUUUUGUUUAAAGGAGAAUUCUUUGAUGAAUUGGUGGAUGGUAAUUAUACAGAAUUGCGACUUGGGACUUGUUUAAUUUUGUGACAAACUAUAUAGUCCGAAUUUAAGCUUUGUUCUAAAAAAGUUCCAGCUUUUGUUUAAAAAACAAGGCUGAAUGAACCCAAACUUAAAAAGAAAGAGAGGAACUAUAUUUGUUUCAGGAUCGGAAAGGUCGGCCAAUCAAGAUCAAAGAUGACUGCCUAGUGGCGACGAGCCCACUAGGCGGAGAGGGCGACAUAAAGGGGAAACAGCCCUCCUGAAACGAAGCUUAAAGCAUCUUGCUUUCAACAAUGGCCUCAAACUGGUCCGAGCUUCAAAUGGAACUCUUGGACUUAAUCAUCAAAAGGCUUGAUGCUAUUGUUGACAUCAUUCGUUUCAAAGCAGUUUGUUCCAAGUGGUACAGAGCAACACAAUUGUAUAUGACUUCUCCAUUACUCAUGCUUCCUAGGGAUAAAAAAGAAGAAGCUGAUGAUUGCCGCUUCUUCAGUGUUGCUGAGAAUAAGAUUUACAAGAUCAACAACGUGUUUGACGGGUUUCAUGGUGCGUGGUGCGUGGGAUCAUCACAUGGGUGGUUGCUGAUUUUGGACAAAGAAACAAAGCCACAUCUUCUUAAUCCGUUAUCAGGAGCUAAAGUCCAACUUCCGUUCAUAAACACUUUGCUACCAUAUCAAGAGCUACAACUGUAUAGAUCGUCACCUACCUUUGUGGAACUUCUGGUAAAGUUUUGUUUCUCUAAAGCCAUCCUAAUGUCCUCCGAUCUAUGUUUAUCUGAUGUAAGUAGAGGCAAGAGCUUUUGUAUUGUGGUGAUAUAUGGACUAUCUUCGCAAAGACUUGCAUUCUGUAUGCCUGGAGACAGCACAUGGACUCGCUUUGGUGGUGACGAUCAUGAGUACCUGGACAUAACAUGCCACAAUGGUAUGCUCUAUUCUUUAUCCUCUAAAGGGCUAGUUGAAAUUUGGGAUUUUCAUGGUCCUUCUCCCAAGAAAGUUUUGGUUUUUGAACUUUCUACAACAGUGUGUCAAUUCCUGGAGGCACAUACUCGCUUUCUAGAUAAAAUUACUUUUCUGAUUGAAUCAAAGGGAGAUCUUUUGUUAGUCUUAAUGUUACAAACUGACCGUGAAUUUGCUAUCUAUAAGCUGGAUUAUAGUGGAAAAGUAUGGAUACCUGUGGAAACCUUGAGCGACCAAGCUCUUUUUAUUAGUGAAAACGAAUGUAUGUCAGUAUCAACCCGAAAUUUUCCAAAAUUGAGAGAAAAUUCAAUAUACUUCAUAAAUAGCUCGAAGUAUAGCAAGAUUGGCAGAUACAAUGUUGGUGUCUUCAACUUCAAAGAAAAGAAAUUAGAUGAUGAGGCUGAAGAUAAUAAGUAUUUUCGUUCGAUUUAUUGGCCAGUAUAUUGGGUUGCUCUUAAUCCAAGGUAAUAUAUAUAUACAUAUAUAUAUAUAUAUAUAUAUAUGUGUAUGGUUUGCAGCUAAUGAUGCAGACUCAGGCUGAUUAUUCUCUUUGGUUAAUCAUAAAACAGUAAGAUUUGAUGGUUGAAUUUUGGGUAAACAUAUGUAUUUUGUCUCCCUUUUAUCAUUUUUCAUUUUUUUUC